AUGGGCAAGCAAAGCGUGCGCGCGGCGGCACUCGUCGUGUGCAUCCUGUCCUACCUGCUGGUGGGCGCCGCAGUCUUCGACGCGCUGGAGUCCGAGGCGGAGAGAGGCCGCCAGAAGCUGCUGGCCCAAAAACGCGGCGAGUUCCGCAGGAAGUACCGUUUCUCGGCUGAGGACUACCGCGAGCUGGAGCGCCUGGCGCUGCGGGCCGAGCCGCACCGCGCCGGCCGCCAGUGGAAGUUCGCGGGCUCCUUCUACUUCGCCAUCACCGUCAUCACCACCAUCGGGUAUGGUCACGCAGCACCAGGUACGGAUCCCGGCAAGGUCUUCUGCAUGUUCUAUGCGCUCCUUGGCAUCCCGCUGACACUUGUCACCUUCCAGAGCCUGGGGGAGCGGCUGAACGCGCUGGUGCAGCAUCUCCUGCUGGCGGCGAAGCGGGGCCUGGGCCUGCGGGGAGCACGCGUCUCCACUGAGAACAUGGUGGCUGCUGGGCUGCUGGUUUGUGUUGCCACCUUGGCCCUCGGGGCUGCCGCCUUCGCCCAUUUUGAGGGCUGGACCUUCUUUCAUGCCUACUACUACUGCUUCAUCACGCUCACAACCAUAGGCUUUGGCGACUUUGUGGCGCUGCAGAGCGACGAGGCAUUGCAGAAGAAGCCACCCUACGUGGCCUUCAGCUUCCUCUACAUCCUCCUGGGGCUCACGGUCAUUGGCGCCUUCCUCAACCUUGUGGUCCUUCGUUUUCUGGCUGCCAGCACCGAUGCGUCUGAGAGCGCUGCACGCUGUACCUGCCCACUCCAUUUGGGGGCGCACAGGAGCCCACACCACCGCUGCGAGCCAUGCCCUGGAGGCGCCACCCCAGUCUUCCGCAGCAUCCACAGGCUAGAGACAUGGGCCUGUGACAAUAUGGGCUUCUCGCCCCCCAUGAGCCCUGGGGCUGUGCGUGGCAGCCGGGCAGAAAGGUCCCAAGCCAGGCGAAAGUCCAUCUGA